AUGGGAACAGCGACCCCUUUGGACGACCCUCUCAGACGACCCCCUUGGACGUCCCUCCCAGACGACCCCUUUGGACGACCCUCCCAGGCGACCCCUUUGGACGUCCCUCUCAGACGACCCCUUUGGACGUCCCUUCCAGGCGACCCCUUUGAACGACCCUCUCAGACGACCCCCUUGGACGUCCCUCCCAGACGACCCCUUUGGACGACCCUCCCAGGCGACCCCUUUGGACGUCCCUCUCAGACGACCCCUUUGGACGUCCCUCCCAGGAGACCCCUUUGGACGACCCUCUCAGACGUCCCCCUUGGACGUCCCUCUCAGACGACCCCUUUGGACGUCCCUCUCAGACGACCCCUUUGGACGUCCCUCCCAGGCGACCCCUUUGGACGACCCUCUCAGACGACCCCUUUGGACGUCCCUCUCAGACGACCCCCUUGGACGUCCCUCUCAGACGACCCCUUUGGACGACCCUCUCAGACGUCCCCCUUGGACGUCCCUCUCAGACGACCCCUUUGGACGACCCUCUCAGACGUCCCCCUUGGACGUCCCUCUCAGACGACCCCUUUGGACGACCCUCUCAGACGUCCCCCUUGGACGUCCCUCUCAGACGACCCCUUUGGACGACCCUCUCAGACGUCCCCCUUGGACGUCCCUCUCAGACGACCCCUUUGGACGACCCUCUCAGACGUCCCCCUUGGACGUCCCUCUCAGACGACCCCUUUGGACGACCCUCUCAGACGUUCCCCCUUGGACGUCCCUCUCAGACGACCCCUUUGGACGACCCUCUCAGACGUCCCCCUUGGACGUCCCUCUCAGACGACCCCUUUGGACGACCCUCUCAGACGUCCCCCUUGGACGUCCCUCUCAGACGACCCCUUUGGACGACCCUCUCAGACGUCCCCCUUGGACGUCCCUCUCAGACGACCCCUUUGGACGACCCUCUCAGACGUCCCCCUUGGACGUCCCUCUCAGACGACCCCUUUGGACGACCCUCUCAGACGUCCCCCGUGGACGUCCUUCUCAGACGACCCCCUUGGACGUCCCUCCCAGACGACCCCUUUGGACGUCCCUCUCAGACGACCCCUUUGGACGUCCCUCCCAGGCGACCCCUUUGGACGACCCUCUCAGACGACCCCCUUGGACGUCCCUCCUAGACGACCCCUUUGGACGACCCUCCCAGGCGACCCCUUUGGACGUCCCUCUCAGACGACCCCUUUGGAUAUCCCUCCCAGGCGACCCCUUUGGACGACCCUCUCAGACGACCCCCUUGGACGUCCUUCUCAGACGACCCCCUUGGACGUCCCUCCCAGACGACCCCUUUGGACGUCCCUCUCAGACGACCCUUUGGACGUCCAUCUCAGACGACCCCUUUGGACGUCCCUCUCAGACGACCCUUUGGACGUCCCUCUCAGACGACCCCUUUGGACGUCCCUCUCAGACGCCCCUUUGACGUCCCUCUCAGACGACCCUUUGACGUCCCUCUCAGACGACCCCCUUGGACGUCCCUCCCAGACGACCGAUUUGGACGUCCCUCUCAGACGACCCCUUUGGACGUCCCUCUCAGACGACCCCUUUGGACGUCCCUAUCAGACUACCCCUUUGGACGUCCCUCUCAGACGACCCCUUUGGACGUCCCUAUCAGACUACCCCUUUGGACGUCCCUCUCAGACGACCCUUUGGACGUCCCUCCCAGACGACCCUUUGGACGUCCCUCUCAGACGACCCCUUUGGACGACCCAUCCAGACGACCCCUUUGGACGUCCCUCUCAGACGACCCUUUGGACGUCCCUCCCAGACGACCUUUUGGACGUCCCUCUCAGACGACCCCUUUGGACGUCCCUCUCAGACUACCCCUUUGGACGUCCCUUUCAGACGACCCCUUUGGACGUCCCUCUGAGAAUACCCCUUUGGACGACCCCUUUGGACGACCCUCCCAGACGACCCCUUUGGACGUCCCCCUCAGAUGACCCUUUGGACGUCCCUCUCAGACGACCCUUUGGACGUCCCUAUCAGACUACCCCUUUGGACACGACCCUUUGGACGUCCCUCUCAGAUGACCCUUUGGACGUCCCUCUCAGACGACCCUCUGGACGUCCCUUUCAGACGACCCUUUGGACGUCCCUCUCAGACGACUCUUUGGACGUCUCUCUAGACGACCCCUUUGGACGUCCCUCUCAGACGACCCUUUGGACGUCCCUCUCAGACGACCCUUUGGACGUCUCUCUAGACGACCCCUUUGGACGACCCUCUCAGUACGAAAAGGAAGAAGGAAGAUAUUACUCCAUGUACAGCCUUCAUAGGAGCGAGUGGAGGGCAGGAGUGUUACAGCUUCAUAAAUAUACAACGAUGCUCAGAGAACGUGAGAUCUUGCAAAGUAAUCAUAUAAGGAGAAAGAUCAAGAAAGUUUAA